AUGUCCCGAACUUCAGUGGAAGUGAUCCCUACAUCCGACUGUGCCCAAACCAUAACAUUAAAGCCAUCAACAGCAUCAAAGGAACCGGGAGCGUUAAAAUUACCCACAGCAAAGCCCAACCGUCUCGGGGUGCUCGGUGAAGAUCCUGAAAAUCGAACCCAGGUGCAAUUGCAUCCAUUGGCAGUGACGGACUCAGAAAAUGUAUCAACAACUAAAUCCCUUUCUAAAUCGAAGUCGGCCGUGAUAGUCAUCUCAGCUUCGAGCAUGGUUUUCAUGGUCAGUAUAUUGAACGGCAUGUUAACUGUGGGCUUGCCAACAAUAGCUCGCGAGACAAAUUUGUCAGAGGGUCUGAUGCUAUGGCCUGCAUCAGCAUUCGGGCUUACAUGCGGCUGCACGCUUUUGCUCUCCGGUUCUAUUGGCGAUCUUGUCGGCAGCCGUACAGUAUACCUUACCGGCUCUUUCUUGCUUGCCGUCUUCACAUUAGCCUGCGGUCUGGCGCAAACAGGCAUUCAGCUAAUCAUGUUCCGCGCAAUGUCCGGAAUUGCCAUGUCGCUCUGUCUCCCCACCGCCGUGAGCAUUAUUACCUCAGCGUUCCCAGUAGGUGGAGGGCGAAACAUUGCCAUCGCUUGCCUGGGCGCUGCUCAACCUGUGGGAUUUUCCAUAGGAAUCGUUCUCGGAGGAAUCUUAGUUGGUUCCAUUGGCUGGAGAUAUGGGUACUAUAUCUUUGCGGUUAUCAACGUUCCUUUCUUCUUCGUUGCUCUCUGGGGUGUUCCUAAGGACCCGCGGAAAACCCAUCCCCUUACGUGGGGACGUGCAACAUCGGAAAUCGACUGGGUAGGAAAUAUUCUCGUAAGUACUUCUCUUGGAAUGUUCUCCUAUACCUUUGCCAUAAUGUCCACGGGCCCAAAAUCCAUCCUCCGUGCCGCAAACCUCUCAAUCCUCAUCCUCGCCCUCCUCUCCCUCGCCACAUUCAUAUACUGGAUAAUCCGCCAAGAAUCCCAAAACUGCACCCCCCUAAUCCCCCCCUCCCUCUUCCGCUCAACCCCAACAACCCCGCACCGUGCCCGCAACUUCUCUGCCGUCUGCAUAUCCGUCUUCUUCACCUGGGCCAUCUUCAACGCCCACCAGUAUUUCACAACCCUCUACUUCCAGCGCCUCCAACACCUCUCCACCCUGCAAACAUCCGCCCGCUUCGUCCCAAUGAUCCUCUCCGGCGCCCUCGCAAACAUCCUUACAGGCCUCGUCGUCAGCCGCGUCCGCGCCGAUCUCCUCUGCUUCUCCGUCGCUAUCGUUUCAGCCGUGGCGCCGCUUUUAAUGGCCCUCGCGCGUCCAUCAUGUUCAUACUGGAGCGCCGCCUUCGUGGCCACAGCUCUCAUCCCUAUAUCGGCCGAUACGCUCUUUACCGUGUCGAAUCUUGUAAUCACGUCGAUAUUCCCGCCGAAGACACAUGGGUUGGCUGGUGGGGUGUUCAAUACUAUUUCACAGAUUGGGAUGUCUGUGGGCUUGGCGGUGACGGGAGUUAUUUCUAGUACGGUGACUGAGCAGGAGAGUCGUGGUGGUGGUAGUAGUGGGGGGAGCGCGAGUGAUGAUGGUCACGCGCUAUUGAAGGGGUAUCAGGCUACAUACUGGGCGUUGUUUGGGGCGAGUAUUUUGACUGUUGGGCUGAGCUGGUGGGGAUUACGGGGUAUUGGGAAGGUUGGGCUUAAGAAGGAUUGA